UUCAGCUUUUUUUUCGUCUUUUCGAUCAUCCAAAAAUUUAUUGCUGUUCUUCAUUUUUAAUUGGACGUGUUUUUGAAAAUUUCUCCUUCGUCUAUCAUUCGAAUGAUUUUUGAUUGAAUAGAGAAAAAUAAAUUUGGUGUUUGAUCUCUCCCUGGUUAGUGCCUAAGCUUUGAUUUUUUUUUUUUUUACAUAAAGCUAAAUGUUUCUACACGAUUGGAAUCUCCUACUGUACUGCCGUUGAAAUGACAAUUUUAAUGGAUUGAAUGCGAGCUCUUUAGAUAGGAAACACGAGAUUUCGGUAAUAUUUUUCAACAGAACGUGAAUAAUGCUUACUCGUUCUUUGUCCAAGAAUUAAACUCUUGAUGAACCCUAAUGAAGUUGAAGUUGUUGAUGAUCGACGGCUAUCUGUUAGAGAUGAAGCUUGGGUUUACGAGAGAAUCAAGUUUAGUUUUGUAUUUCAACUCAUUAUUGUCAAGAUGGAAGCCAAUCACAUUUGAAGAAUCUCUCCACUUUGUGAAGAAAGUAAAGUGUUUGCAUCAGGCUCGUGAUUUUCACAUGUACAUGGCAUUGUUUGAAAUUCUCAGCCAGAAGGAUCAGAUGCCUUCAGAAACCUACCAUGAUCUAUUGUUGCUCUUUGAGAGUCAUGAUGAUCUUCUCAAGGAAUUGAUGCGAUUCAAACCUCAUAAAUUCGAAGGAACGAUUAGCCAACACAAUUCAUCCAGAAUGUCUCUUUUUCUUGUGCCAUUGUUUAUCUUGAGUUUGAUUCUGAUGUUUGAGCAACCUAUGAGCUAUUUUAUUCAACAAACUUUCAGAACUUAACCCAACUUCUCAAGGGUUAGUAUAAUGUGCACAUACCAUUCUCCUUAUGGAAUAAAUAUAUAUUUCUUAA